GUUGUCCAAGGGCUGUUGUGUGAUCUUCUGAUUGCUGAAGCCAAUGGAGUGGAUGGCCAGUGUACAUACCCAUUGAAAGAUAUUGACAUCUUCGACGGGAGAUGUCUAUAAGAGGAGACGUCUGUGCCCCUCCGGCCUCCGCCCGCAACACCAACAUCACCUUCGGUACAUACUUUUUGUCUUCCCAAAGCUCGCCCGGUUGACUCACAUUGUCCCUUCGACUUCCCGCCAAAUAGCCGUUGCUCAAAUACCAACAUGGAGCCAGCAGUUGAUUACGAUGGCAAGUUUAUCAGCCGAGCCGGCAAACGAUGGCAGCCCUCUGGAAUUCGAGGUCUAUUCCCACUGGAACAGCGACCAGGGAUGAUCAGCAUGCUGGCCGGGAAGCCCAACCCGGCGACUUUCCCAUUUGAGUCGAUUGCGAUCACCUUGAAGCCGUCGGUUGCGACGGGGGAGGCACCCGAAACACUCUGCCUGAGUGGGCCCGAGUUGGACGCUGCACUGCAAUACGGCCCUACUGCUGGCCAGGCAGAAUUUUUGAAUUGGGUCUACCAACUUCAGCAGAAAUGCCAUUGUCGGGGAAAACCAGAGGAUGAAGGAUGGUCCUGUGCGAUCGGAGCUGGUAGUCAAGAGCUAAUGGAAAAAGCUUUUGCAGCAGUUUGCGAUCCCGAAGACACCAUCCUGAUGGAAACGCCUGUUUACUCAGGCACGCUCGGGUUUCUUCAACCCUCUGGCCGCACCCUGAUCGAAAUACAAUCCGAUCAUCAUGGAAUAUCUGCCGUUGAACUUGAACGCGUACUUGCCAACUGGCACUCUGAUCAAGCAACGAGCUCAUUGAAAUUUCCCAAGGUGGUUUACUCCAUACCAACAGGCUCAAACCCCACAGGCUGCUCAGCCCCACUCGAUCGCAAGCGGCGCAUCCUGGCGCUCGUUCGUAAAUAUGAUUUGCUCCUGUUUGAAGACGAUGCAUACUACUUCUUGCAUUUCGAUAGAAAAAAUCGAGCACCCAGUUACUUUUCUCUGGAAAAAUCAGAGCGCGGUCAGACUGGUCGUGUCGUUCGAUUUGACUCCUUAAGUAAAAUCAUCUCAUCUGGAAUUCGACUUGGUUUUGUCACAGGCCCGAGUAAAAUAGUUGAAGUUAUCAAUCUUCACACCUCGAAUACCAACUUACAGCCCUCCAGUGUGACCCAAGCCAUAGCCGGCAAGUUAUUAAGCCACUGGGGCUUCGAUCGCUUCGAAGCCCAUUGCGACCAAGUCUCCAAGUUUUAUUCGGACAAGCUUGAAGUAGUCGAUGCUGCUGCCCAAAAACACUUGGCAGGAUUGGCAGAAUGGAACAAGCCAGUGGCCGGGAUGUUCCUUUGGCUCAAAUUGAACAUCGCCAUCCCAGGUAAGGAGGAAGAGGCGGACUCAUCGGCCUUGAUUUCUACACGGGCUGUCCAAAAGGGCGUGCUUGCUGUACCCGGCUGCGCAUUUUUACCCAAUGCCGGCAAAAGCGCUUACGUGCGCACAAGCUUCAGCUUGAUCGAUGCAGACUCAGCCGAUGAGGGUUUUGCGAGAUUAGCGUCUGUGAUCAGGGAAGCACGCGUUGAGGCUGGUUUGGAAUAGCUGGAUAUUAUACCACUUGUCAUACCCAACUCGAUAAGGUUUCUGUCCGAUCCCGCAGGGUCCAUAUAUUCACAUUGGAAUCACUCGUUUUUCUCUUUCUUGUUCUCAAAGGAAUUCGGAUUCAUCUCAGAUGACUUGUGCCACUGAAACUAUUUCAAACUACCUUCCUUGAUGGAGACACUUUUGGUCUGCUUUGACGAUCUUCAAUUGUUCAUCUCUUCAUUUAUGCUCAUGGGGAUUAAAAAAGAAUAACUGGAAUGACAUGUUAUGCUGGGGACUGAAUCAUCAGCCCACAAUUGCAUAUGGG